AUAGUGUUGCCCGUUCAGUGGUAGAGUUCCCGAGCAACGAAAGUUAGGUCACGGGUUCGAAACCAUUUUUCGUGAAAAUAGGUGUUUUUUUGAGUUCGUCGUUUUGCUCUUCGUGUUGUUGAAGUGCAACGCCAUGGACCCAGAUCAGGGCACUUCAAAAGCCUGGAAGCCCAAGUUCAAACCCAGGAAUCUCAAAGCAGUCCGAGCUCCCAAAACCGAAGCGGAUGAUAAGCGAAACGAAGAUAGCGAAGUGCCUCGAGCUCUCUCGCGUCGACGACAUGAAAAUCCUGCAAAACGCGAGCCUAAAGUCGAAAGAAAAUCGAGCGUGGAAGUUGCAUUUAGUCUUGGAAGUUCAUCAUCACAUUCCCUCAGGACAUAUGGCACAAGCAAAUCUAUAGAUAGUGGCACAAGCAGUGGUUCACCAUCUAAAUAUUUUGCCAAUGAGCAAAUUCGUUCAAGACAUUCUUCAGUUGCUACUGAGGAUCAAAAUGAUGCUUCUAAUGCAUCUGCCAGGAAAAUCAAAAGAGAGUACAAGGAACCAUGGGAUUAUGAAAACUCUUACUAUCCGACUACUCUUCCUUUGAGGAAGCCAAAUUCUGGAGAUCCAGAAAUUCUUGAUGAGAAAGAAUUUGGUGAAGCUGCUACUAGUGUGGAGUAUGAUGAGAAUACUGUUAAUUCUGCUGCAGAACUCGAGAUCUUGGAGAGUGAGGAACAAAGGAUGUUUUUCUUUCAGAUUCCUACUCCUCUGCCUAUGGACAAGCAGAGUAAUAAGGGGAAGGAGAAAAUUGGUACAUCAACAGUAUCGGGAGAGGCCACAAAGUCAAAGAAUGCCUUGGAAGAGUUGCCAAGGGGAUAUAUGGGCAAAAUGCUGGUGUACAAGAGUGGAGCAAUCAAACUAAAAUUAGGAGAAACUCUGCUCGACGUGUCUCCAGGUUCAAAUUGUCGAUGUGUUCAAGAUGUUAUGGCGGUGAACACUGCACAGAAACAGUGUUGCAAUCUUGGCGAGAUUAGCAAAAGGGUUGUUGUGGUUCCCGAUCUUGAUUCAAUUGAACUGUAAAACACUCUAGACAAAUAUGACUAAUGCACCACAUACAGGGAUAGUACAGUACCUUGUUGGCUUAUGUGAAUAUAUGUGACUAAAAAGACACGGACAAUUGGCAAGUGCCAAUUGGAUACUAGACCUAGCAUUUGAUAUUAAUGAAAUAUCAAGUGGAUGAUUGAACUCAUUAUUUUGUUAUUGUUUUCUUUUAUCCGUAGAAACCAAAUCAGGUAACAAGAGAUUUACAACAACUUACGCACAAUGUUAAACUAA